AUGUGUUGCUACAAAGCCGCUGCCUCAACGGCCCAAACUUCGAUUUUUUGGGUUGGCUCGUCUGACAGGGCCUCCGCCUGGGGAAUGGAAUUGGAUGCGGUCGCCGACGGAAGGCCGGCGACGGCGUCCGAGGCGACGCCGACGCCGACGGGCGUGGUGCGGGUGGAGAAGGUGAGGGGAAGGUCGGCGGUCACCAGGUGCUUCGCCAAGUAUCCGCUCAAGAUCAUCGUCCCCUCCAAGGUGGGCCCCGCCUCCUCUGGCGCCGUCUGGCUCUACAUCCUCACCUACGGCGGCGGCAUCGUCUCCGGGGAUAAGAUCUCCUGCGCGGUGACAGUCGGUGACGGGUGCACAGCGGCGAUGACGACUCAGGCCUCGACCAAGGUUUACAAGGCUGUAGGUUCAAAAUGUUCUGAGCAGGUACUAGAGGCAACAGUUGGAAAAGAUGCACUGCUUGCAGUUAUUCCAGAUCCUGUAACCUGCUUCUCAACCGCUAGAUACUACCAGAAGCAAGUGUUUCACGUAUCUGGGGAUUCAAACUUGGUCAUUGUGGAUUGGUUUACAAGUGGCCGGUAUGAGAGUGGAGAAAAAUGGGACUUCAACUCCUACAAGAGUGUUAACCACAUUCUUUUGGAAGAGUAUCAGCCUCUGUUUAUUGACUCGGUUCUGUUGGAACAAGGCUCAAAUUGUACUAUUGCUGAGCGGAUGCAGGAAUAUAACGUCGUUGCGAUGGUUGUAUUAUUGGGGCCAAAGUUGAAGCACAUACAGGAUGAGAUGCAAGACGAAGUAAAGAAGAUGAUGUCAGUACAACUGCGUCCUCCCACCUCUGGUGGAGGCCGUUACGCCGCAAGGCCGCAGCCCCUACACCCACAGAGGCCCCCACUCGUUGCGUCUUGCAGCCCAUUUGGUCGCACGGGGACUGGCAUGGUCGCUCGGAUAGUGGCGGUGAGCACCGAGUCCGUGUACACCUUUCUGAGACAUCGCCUGGCAGCCCUUGAACCGUUCCUUGGCGUCGCCCCGUAUUCUUCAUCAUGAAGCUGGCAAGCAGCAAGUAGCUGCCGAGAGUCACCGGAUCAUGGAACAUCGAUGCAGACGAAUAAUGGAGCUGUAAAUCGUGGAGGCAUACAGAGCUAACGUUGUGACGUCCAUCUUACCUGGGCCAAUUUCGGGGUGCAGGCUGUGCAAAUGCUGGGUUGCUUGGGCCAA